AUGUCUGUCAACCAAAAAACAAUUAAAUCUGCUUUAUCUACAAGUGAAUCAGCUAAUAAGAAGAGAAAAUCGGUAAGUAUAGAAAUUAAAGAGGAGAGCUUUAUUAUUGGAUGUGCAAUAAAGGUUGGCAUUCAUUUAUUGUUAGAAAGAAAAACAAAGAAAAGUGAAAGUCUUCAAAAAUUUAAUAUUAUUGAUAUUUCUGUUCCUAAAGAAGCUCUUUUAGAUGAAAAUAUUAAUAAAGAACUUCAAAAAUUGUUCAUGGUACAACAAGAAAAAAAGGAGGGAUUAGUUCAAAGAGAUUUAGACAAGUCAAAACAAAACAGUAUUUAUAACUUUUUACUUGAAGUAUUAAGUAAUUAUGGAAACCAAAUUAAUUAUAUGAAAACAAGAGGUAGUUCUAACACAGUUAAAAGGGAAAGAAUAUCAACAUUUAAUGGAUUAAAUCAAAAAGAAAUAUAUGAAAUUGGGGAAAAGGUUAAUGAAUAUCUUAUUAAAGAAAUUCCAAUUGAAGAAGGUAAAAAGAAAAAGGAAUGUAGAAAACUAAUUAAGGAGAUUGAUUUAAAUAUUUCUCUACCAUUAUAUACAGUAAAUGCAUGUUGCUCUGAAAGUCAUUAUGGUAAUGAACAAUUAAAUUAUUUGGAACAAACACCAAUAGUACAAACACCUGUUCUUUGUUAUUAUGAUGGUAAUAAUUUAUAUUUACCAAAUGGUGUUUCUUUAAAUUUACCAAAUACUAAUUAUGUAUAUGUACCAAAUACUAAUUAUGUAUGCGUGCCAAAUGAUAAUUAUGUAUACGUACCAAAUGGUAGUGAUUAUAUGGGAUAUGUUUCAAUAAAUUCAACGGAUUCCAAUAUACCUGAACAAUCAAAUUAUAUUAGUGUUAAUCAAUUAAGUACAAAAUUGGAAUAG